AUGUCUUCCGAACAACUUGCUCCGUUCGUGCACUCCGCUCAGGCCAAGUUCAUCGAAGCCCCGAAUCCAGAGUGGACGCUCGGCCAACGCGUUGAUGCAACACCAGAGGGGAGGGAGUGGUUAGAGGGUGAGAAGGCUGGGUGGAAGGUCGUCGACGCGUCCCGCGAGGAUCCAAACAAACUUUAUGCUCUCAUGAUCACUGGCAUCGUCCCUCGCCCUAUCGCAUUCGUCUCCAGCAUUUCGCCCAAUGGCGUAGAGAAUCUUGCGCCGUUUAGCUGGUUCAACAUGUUGACUGGAAACCCACCACUUGUAUCCAUUUCCCUCCUCAACCUGCCCGGUGGCUUGAAAGACACCGCAGACAACAUCAAGGCAACGAAGGGCUUUACCGUGAACAUCAUCAGCGAGCCAUUCAUCCACAAUGCAAACGCAUGUGCGGUCGAUACGCCCCCCGAGACAAGCGAGUGGCCUCUCAGCGGACUUACACCUGAACCCAGCCUUCACGUUGAGGCGCCCCGCGUGAAAGAAAGCGCAUUCAGCAUGGAAUGCGAACUCUACCAGAUCCACGACCUCGCGCAUCCCGACACUGGCGCGGUGACGACCACGCUUAUCCUCGGACUCGUCAAGUACAUCCACAUCCGCGCAGACAUGCUCAACGCUCGCGGCUACGUGGACCCUGUGAAGCUCCGCGCAGUGGGCAAGAUGGGUGACAUCACCUACGCCCGCCAGGGUGACAUGUUCCGCGUCCCGCGUCCUACUUGGGCGCGCGACUCUUCGCGCAUCGAGGAGCUGCACGCUUCCCUGAAAGAACAGAAGGAGAACCCGGAGAAAAGCAAGAGCGCGCUCCUGCCUUGA